AUGCGCGCGCUUCCGUCAAUCCGUCCUACAAAUACAGCCUCGCCCUCGCCGUACUCGCAUCGAUCCGUCCCCAAGAACACAGAGAACCUCGCCAUGCAGUUCCCCACCACCAUCACAUCACCAUGGUCCAUGGAGGCGGACACGCAGCGCGUUUCCGCAGCCAGCGCCGGGCUCACGUCGUUGGCGCUCCGCCUCGCGAAGCAGCUCGCCGCCAACAACAAGAGUAGCGACCGCGGCAACGGCGGCAACCUCGUCUUCUCGCCACUGUCCAUCUACGCCGCGCUGGCCCUGGUGGCGGCCGGGGCACCGGGCGCCGCCCUGGACGAGCUCCUGGCUCUGCUCGGCGCUCGGGCGACCGCCGUCGAGUGCUUCAAGGCCGAGGUGCGCGCCGUGGAUUUCCAGACAAAGGCAGAGGAAGCACGGCAGGAGAUCAACAGCUGGGUGUCGGAGGCCACCAAAGGGCUCAUCACCGACGUGCUUUCUCCUGGCUCCGUGGACGCCGAGACCGGCCUGAUGCUCGUCAACGCCAUCUACUUCAAGGGCAAGUGGGUGAGGCCCUUCGACGAGCGCUGCACCGAGGUGGAGGACUUCUACCUCCUCGACGGCACCGCCGUGCAAACGCCGCUGAUGCGCGGCCGCGGGAGCUACCUCGUCGCCGUGCACGGCGGGUUCAAGGUGCUCAAGCUGCCGUACCAAGCACCCCUGGCCUUCCCCCGCUUCGGCGGCGGGAUGCGGAUGGCGAAGGUCGCGCGCCGCGGCGGCGUCGGCGCCAUGUACUCCCUGUGCGUCUUCCUGCCGGACGCGCGCGACGGCCUGUGGAGCCUCGUCGACGAGCUCGCGGCGUCCGGCCCGGCGUUCCUGCACGACCACCUGCCCUGGAGUAAGGUCUGUGUCCACAAGCUGCGGCUGCCCAGGUUCAAGAUGUCCUUCCACAGCGACCUCACCGACGCCCUCCGAGAGAUGGGGCUCGAGGCCACGCUUGACCCUCGCGACGGCGACACCGACCUGACCGACAUGGCGGAGAGAAAAGGCUACGCCGGCGAGUCGCCAAAGAUAGACAAGGUCUGCCACAAGGCGGUGAUUGAGCUGAACGAGGAAGGCACGGAGGCCGUAGCUGUGACGUACGUCGGCGUUUUCGCGCCUUCAUGUGCACCGCCUGGCUAUCGACCAGAGACUGUCGAUUUCGUCGCCGACCAUCCCUUCGCGUUCUUUGUCAUGGAGGAGGUGUCCGGCGCCGUAGUCUUCGCUGGCUGCGUCCUUGAUCCGUCCCAGUGA